ACCAGGAGCCAAACGGAGCAGAGAUCACCCUGCAGCCACAGUCUUGUGGGAAAUCCUGAAGAUGGCCAAAGACGAUUCCACUGUUCGUUGCUUCCAGGGCCUGUUGAUUUUUGGACACGUGAUUGUCGGUAUGUGUGGCAUUGCCCUGACUGCAGAGUGCAUCUUCUUUGUAUCCGACCAACACAGUCUCUACCCGCUGCUUGAAGCCACCAACAACGAUGAUAUCUACGGGGCAGCUUGGAUAGGCAUGUUCGUGGGUAUCUGCCUCUUCUGCCUAUCCGUUCUAGCCAUAGUAGGAAUUGUGAAGUCCAACAGGAAAAUCCUCUUGGCGUACUUCAUUAUGAUGUUUAUAGUGUAUGGUUUUGAAGUGGCAUCUUGUAUUACAGCAGCGACACAACGAGACUUUUUCACAACCAACCUCUUCCUGAAGCAGAUGCUGUUAAGGUAUCAAAACAACAGCCCCCCAACCAAUGAUGAUGAAUGGAAAAACAAUGGCGUUACCAAGACCUGGGAUAGGCUUAUGCUCCAGGACCACUGCUGUGGUGUAAAUGGCCCAUCAGACUGGCAGAAAUACACCUCUGCCUUCCGGAUGGAGAAUAAUGAUGCCGACUAUCCCUGGCCUCGGCAGUGUUGUGUCAUGAACAAGCUUAAAGAGCCUCUCAACCUGGACGCUUGCAAACUCGGAGUGCCGGGUUAUUACCACAGUCAGGGCUGCUAUGAACUAAUAUCGGCACCAAUGGAUCGGCAUGCCUGGGGAGUUGCCUGGUUUGGAUUUGCCAUUCUCUGCUGGACUUUUGGGGUCCUCUUGGGUACCAUGCUCUACUGGAGCAGAAUUGAAUAUUAAGCACACGGUGUCCCUGUCACACCUCCUUCUUCGGAUGACUCUGGAUUUGGUGCUGGAACCUGCUGUUUCGUCACAUGCCCUCUGUGUGCUCUGCGGUGACAUAUGCUUUUCUCACUCAAAUGCCAGCUCAGGUGGAAGGGGCUUCCUUUAGGCUCUCAGGCUGCUGCAGUCCUCAGUAGAAAUAUUUCUCAUCCUUAUCUAACAUUCUGCAACGUAUUUAUACACUAUAAGGCAGAGAAUGGAGAUGACUCUCAUUCUUGUUUAUGUUUAAUGUGGGGGCACAAUGACAUUCAAAGGAACCUGCCUCACCAUCGUAAGCUGUAUUUAAUAGCAAGAAACAAGCAGCCCUUAUAUCUUACUAUUUAUUCUAUCUUGUAAGGUUUUUGUUUGUCACUAUAUGGACUGGAUGAGAGAAGGAUGGGAGAUUGCAGAGCUGGUUCUGCUAUAGCUUCUGUCCACACUAGUGGUGGCCAUGACACACCCACCACCUUUGGGACAAUGCUUCAUUUUCACUUAGUAGGUAUUCAGACUUCCUCUCCUGCCCUGUAGGGUGGCAUGCAUUUAGCAACUUCAUUCUCCUUUAAAUGAGAGUGUGUAAUCUUUAGGGACAUUGGCACUGCCCAUUUUGCAUCAGCUCAGUCUUUGCCCUCAAAGAUUUCAACGUGGAGAUCCAAACCAUCUAUUUGAACUGGUGAUUUAUAGGGACUUCUGUUUGCUGUCCAAAUAGUUGGGUCCUGAAGGAAGUCCGGACAACUCACUCUUGUUUGCUUACCUAUAAAUAAAAGAAGCCCA